GAGUCUUGAGAAUUUCUGCUCCAUUGAUAUCAUAUUUCUAAUUCUGUUGUUUUCUACUUCUUUUGCUAUCGGUUUCUCGAAUACUUCCCAUUGUUGGUUUUCAUUUAGCUAUGUUGUGCAUUAACUAGACUGCUUUUAUUGGUGUAGCAAUGAAUUCAAACCCGAUGCUUUCGGUUUAAUGUAUUAUGAAAUUCUCAAAUCCUUAAUGGUUGAUCAUUCUACGUGGCGUUUGAUUUUGAAGAAUGAGAGUUGUCCUUGAUAGAAUAUGAAUGUUUUACUUACCCUCCUAAAAUAAAGAAAUGGGUCUUUAGCAUUUUAUUUUAUUCGAAAUACUCCUGGCUGUUGACUAUAGAUCUGAGUCUUUUCUUUUUUAUGAAUUUGUGGUUGGUGGUCAUGCUUAUGCGGUAUCUUUCUGAUUGGACCAUGGAAUUUUGGGGCUGAGCUUUGAGAGGGUUUGUGCUAAUUCGUGUUGAAGUGAAGUCUUCCUGGAUAUUGGUGGCAGAAACCAGUCAGGGUAGAAGUGGAACUCUCAAGAAAUGUGAAAACUCCCCCGAUGUGAUAGGUGUCAGAAUUAUUGUCUCAACUUGGCUAAAUGCACAAACGCCCAGAAAUUGAAGCAGUUGUGGAGGAUGAAAGCCGAGAGGAAAGAACCGGCGAGUAACAAGAUUGCUGAGAGUUAGUCAGGUGGAAACGGAUUUAGGCGUUUUUGUAUAAAAAGAAGCUGGCUCAUGAGAGGUGAAAUUGUGGUAGGAAGUUUGGUUUGAAGCAACAGAAGGGGGAAGUUCGAGUCUUUAUGAGAGUUGCAUAAACUAAUAAUCCAAAGUUGCUUGCUAAGAUACCCUUCUCUGAUAAUACUUUUGUCGGUGGUUGAUCAAAAAUCAUGCUGGAGGUUGCUAGGAUGCAGUCCUUGUUGCUUCAACUUGCUUUCACUUCCUUUGUCCUUUUGAGUUGUGUGAAUACUGGCAAUGCGGGGAUAACUAGUAAUUUCAUUCGCUCUGAGUGGCCGUCUACAGACAUCCCUCUUGAUAAUGAAGUGUUUGCAGUUCCAAAGGGUCAUAAUGUUCCACACCAAGUGCAUAUUACCCAAGGCGACUACGAUGGAAAGGCUGUAAUCAUCUCAUGGGUGACAGAUGAUGAACCAGGGCCGAGUAAAGUACAAUAUGGUACAUCAAAGGAUAGAUAUGACCUUACUGCAGAAGGUUCAAUGACAAACUAUACCUUUUACAAGUAUAAGUCGGGCUACAUCCAUCACUGUCUCAUCGAUGGCCUGAAGUAUGACACCAAGUACUAUUACAAGUUAGGGAGUGGUGAUUCUUCUCGAGAAUUUUGGUUUCAAACACCUCCAAAGAUUGAUCCAGAUGCUACUUACCAUUUUGGGAUCAUCGGAGAUUUGGGCCAGACAUACAACUCUCUUUCUACUCUUGAGCAUUACAUGCAGAGUCCAGGACAAACUGUCUUAUUUGUUGGAGAUCUUUCUUAUGCUGAUAGAUAUCAGUACACUGAUGUUGGUUUACGGUGGGAUACAUGGGGUCAAUUCGUUGAACGAAGUGCAGCAUAUCAGCCAUGGAUUUGGGCUGCUGGAAAUCAUGAAAUAGAGUACAUGCCUUAUAUGGGGGAAGUUAUUCCUUUCAAAUCCUACCUCCAUCGAUACAAUACACCUUAUUUGGCCUCCAAAAGCAGCAGUCCUCUUUGGUACUCCAUCCGGCGUGCAUCUGCUCAUAUAAUCGUGCUAUCCAGCUAUUCAUCAUUUGUUAAGUACACCCCUCAAUGGAUGUGGCUUAAAGAAGAGUUAACAAGGGUUGACAGGGAGAAGACUCCUUGGCUCAUUGUUCUUAUGCAUGUGCCAAUCUACAAUAGCAAUGAAGCUCACUUCAUGGAAGGGGAAAGUAUGCGAGCUGCAUUUGAGAGUUGGUUCAUCCAUUACAAAGUUGAUGUAGUCUUUGCCGGCCAUGUCCAUGCUUAUGAAAGAUCUUAUCGAAUUUCAAAUAUAAACUACAACAUAACAAGUGGGGACCGCUACCCUGUACCAGACAAAUCCGCACCUGUUUACAUAACAGUUGGAGAUGGAGGAAAUCAGGAAGGUCUUGCUGAAAGGUUUAGAGAUCCACAACCAGAUUAUUCUGCAUUCCGAGAAGCCAGUUAUGGACACUCUAUGCUGGAGAUUAAAAAUAGGACACAUGCAGUCUACCAUUGGAAUCGAAAUGAUGAUGGCAAAAAAGUGGCAACUGACUCGUUCAUACUACACAAUCAGUUCUGGGCAAGCAAUCUUAGAAGGAGAAAAUUGAAGAAGCAUUAUCUAAGGAGUGUUGUUGGCCAGGUUGCCACUUAGUGAUUGGAGUUUUAAGUGUAGUAGCAUUACAUGAUUUCAGAGAGGAAUGGAGUUACAGAGAAAGAUAUGAUGGCCAAGUUUGUUAUUUGUAUUCUGUACAAAGGAACUCUGUCCUGCCUUUGCUGAUGGUUGCAUCCUUACCGAAAAGGAAUAUUGCACAUCUUGAUUAUUGUCAUUAAUAAAAUUCUCGUUUGCUUAUCAAAACAAAUUAUUGUUGUACUUCUAAUUCUCACUGUUAUGGAAGAUGCACUUGGUCUGUUAA